GCUGUUUAGUAUUAUGUGCAUAUUUAUACAGAGAAGCGCAUUUUUGUUUAAGCAAAAGUUGUUGUUUCGUUAUUUUUAUGAAUAAGAAGCUUUGAAUGAAACUGAAACAAGCUAUCUAUCUGGUGGAAGGUGCAGCAGAUGAAGACGGGAGGACUCCGAGCAUUUGGGAUACUUUUGCUUCCACUGAAGCAUCGGGAGGGAAACUAGAAGUGGCUUGCGAUCAGUAUCACAAAUAUAAGGAAGAUGUUCAACUCAUGGUAGAUACAGGGUUGGAUGCUUAUAAAUUUUCCAUCUCAUGGUCGAGGCUCAUUCCAAAUGGAAGAGGAUCGGUCAAUCCAGAGGGUUUGCAAUAUUACAACAAUCUUAUCGACGAACUGAUCUCCCAUGGAAUUCAACCACAUGUUACUUUGCACCAUGAUGAUCUUCCUCAGGCACUUGAGGACGAGUAUGGUGGAUGGGUCAAUUCAAGAUUGUGUAUGGGAGACUUCACCGCAUAUGCAGAUCUGUGCUUUAGAGAGUUUGGAGAUAGGGUUUUGCAUUGGGCUACCAUAAAUGAAGCUAAUGUGUUUGCCUAUGGAGGUUAUGAUGUAGGGAUUACGCCACCCCAGAGAUGUUCUUCUCCAUUUGGAUCACUGAACUGCACCAGAGGCAACUCCACAUCAGAACCUUACAUAGUAGCUCAUCAUAUCUUGUUGGCCCAUUCAUCAACUGUAAGCUUGUACAGGCUUAAAUAUCAGAGUAAGCAGCAUGGAUUCAUUGGACUUGUUCUCUAUACCUUCGGGGCCAUUCCUGUGACAGAUUCCAAAGAAGACAAGAUUGCAUUUCAGAGAGUCAAAGAUUUCUAUUUUGGAUGGUUUUUACAUCCCCUGGUGUUUGGAGACUAUCCUGAAACCAUGAAGAGAAAUGGAGGCUUAAGACUUCCAGUUUUCACAAAUUCUGAAUCCAAACUGGUAAAAGGUUCAUUUGACUUCAUAGGGGUGUUGUAUUACAGCUGCGCAACCAUAAUAGACAACCCUGAGAGUCUCAGGUUGCAACAAAGAGAUUUUGGUGCAGAUAUGGCAGCAACCAUAAAUUAUUUUGUAGAUCCGGUCUCAUCAACAUCCAUAUUUCCUAUUGCACCAUGGGGUCUGAGAAGCUUUCUAGAGUAUAUCAAGGAAGCUUAUGGCAACCCUCCCAUAUAUAUUUAUGAAAAUGGUCAGCGAAUGCUUCAAAAUUCAUCAUUGGAUGACAUUCCAAGGGUUAACUAUUUGAAUGGAUUCAUUGGAGGACUUCUGGAAGCCUUGAGGAAUGGAUCAAAUACAAGAGGGUACUUCGUAUGGUCUUUCCUGGAUGUGUUGGAGUUGUUUGAUGGUAACGAGGUGAGCUUUGGUCUAUACUACGUUAAUUUGGAUGAUCCAGAUUUGAAAAGAUAUCCCAAGCUCUCUGCAAUUUCGUAUUCUAAUUUCUUGAAGGGAAAAACCUUCUCUUCAGAUGCAGUUAGUGAAGUCACAAAACCGUCCUCUCUAUCUUAUUCACUUCUCUAAAUCAUUUACUAUGUAUUUUUGAGUUGUAAAACAUCUAAUAUACAAUUUAUAUGAUGGUGGUCAUUUGCAUGUUA